GACGGAUUUUCACCCACUUUCACGUUUCAGUUACACACAAAGAAUAUUAUAUUAAACCGGCGACUAACAAAACUUACCCCCUUGCAGGCUUUCGUGAUGAUUAUAAUUUAAUUAUUACCUUUGAUGUAAUUUCGCUUUGACCCUAACUUAAUUAAAGGGAUGCGUGAUUCCUUUGAACUUGUCCUCGUAAUAAAAUUAAACACGGUUACUUCAUUCCUGCACUGUCCGAGUUAAGAUGAUCAGCAUCAUCUGGCAGAGUUUUAACACAAACAUCAAAAUAAUGAAACUGUUCGGGUUAUAUCCUCCAGAAAAACCGACACGAUUAUUUCGCAUACGUUCUUAUUUGUUAUACUUUGUAAUUCUAAUUCCAGUGCCGGCGUUGGGUGCUUUGUAUAUUUUUUUGGAGGAGGACCAGACGAGAAUUGGUGAUAACGGUUUUGUUGUGGCCGAAACAGCGUGUGUAAUUAUCAAACUAAUGCCUUUUGUUGUGAAUGGGAGUCAAAUGAAGCGAUGCAUUCACUAUUUGGAAGAUUCGUCCUUUGAAGUGGCACCAGACAAUAGAAAGAUUUUAGAAAAGAGCAUUUAUAUUUGUCGGAGGAAUUCUAAAGUGUUUAUUGUUUCCAUCGUUGUGGGUAAUAUAAGCUUUAACUUGAAGCCGUUUCUGGGAGAGGGGAGAAUUCUUCCGGUGGAUGUGUGGUUUCCUUGUAGUCCCACUGAAAACACGAAAAUCUACUGCAUAAUAUUUUUAAUGUUGUCUUUAGGUAUUGGUUACAUGUCUCUUAGUAAUGCCGCGAUUGACCCUCUGAUUGGUGGGCUUUGCUGUCUAGCGUCGGGGCAUCUUCAAGUUCUCAAAAAUAAUUUGCAAAAUCUUCACACUAAGUCUGCCGAAUCCUCUAGUGACACCAUGAAACGAAAUAUUAAAAAAUGUGUGAAAUAUCACAGCGCAAUCUUAAGUUUUAUCAAAGAGUAUGAACGCUGCUUUUCGAGUAUCGUUUUCAGCCAAUUUUUAGCCAGUGUUGUGGUUGUAUGCUUUUGUUGCUUGCAAUUAAACAAGCUGCCACCAAUGACUAUAACUUUUUUCAACACUGUAGGUUAUUUGAUUGUUUUUCUGGCUGAAAUAUAUUUUUAUUGUUACUAUGGGACCAUACUGUAUGAAGAAAGCAAUUCUCUGUCGAAUGCAAUUUAUAUGGGAAACUGGUAUGAUUACGACAUCAAUUCAAAAAAAGAUUUGAUUUUUCUGAUGGAACGAUCUAAACGGCCAAUUUCUGUGACGGCUGGAAAAAUUCUAGAUUUGUCUGUGGACACUUUCGUGAUGAUUUUACAACGUUCCUAUUCACUUCUUGCUGUUCUAAAAAAUCAGUAAUUUAGUGUUUACUAAUUAUUUGCGUCAAUUAUUACGUA